UAAAAAGAUUUGGGGAUUUUUAAUUAGGUAUAAAGCGAAAAUUUAAUUAUAUUAGGAGCCAAUUAUUUUCUCUAUUAUUAUUUAACCGAGCCGAAUAAUCAGCAAUUGCGGCCAGUUGCUAGAAUUGAAGGUCGAUAAAUCCAAUUCAAUUGCGCGGAAGCUUAGUCGGUCCAACUAGGAGGAAGAGAGAUGCAGAAGAGAGAGCUGAGCAAGCUAGGCGGAGCUGCCGGCGCCUUCGCCACUCCCCCCGCCAAGCGAGGCCGCCCAAUUGGCAGCGGAAGCAACAGCGCCGCCGCAUCAGCAGCAGCAGCAAUUGCCGUGUCUGUGGGUUCCGGUGACUCUGCCGCCCCAUCCGCCCUAUUCGGCCCAUCUCUCUACGUCCUCGCCGCCAUCGCCGAGCAGCAUAACAAAAGGAUAGUUUUAGCUCUUCAAAGUGGGCUGAAAAGUGAGGUGACAUGGGCGUUGAAUUCUCUCACAUUGCUUUCAUUCAAAGAUAAAGACGAUGUCCGCAGAGACACAACUCCUCUUGCCAAGAUUCCAGGAUUGCUCGAUGCUCUACUUCAGAUUAUAGAUGAUUGGCGUGAUAUAGCUCUACCAAGGGUCCUCACAAAGGCACCAAGGGUGAGAUUGCUCGGUGCUAAUUCCACUGUUACUGGAUUCGGGCAUGAAUACGAGACCUUGAAUUCCGACGAUACUGUUUCGCAUCCAAGUGGUGGAUCUGGUUCUUCAAAUAAAGACCCACAGAAGAUUGCUCCGUCAGGUUGGUGGUUUGAGGAAGAUGGCCUCUUUAAUCUUGACGACGAAGGACGUGCGGAAAAACAGCAAUGUGCUGUAGCUGCUUCGAAUAUUAUCAGGAACUUUUCUUUUAUGGCUGAGAAUGAAAUUCCGAUGGGCCAGAGUCGGCAUUGUCUUGAAACGAUGUUUCAGUGUUUGGAAGACUAUGUUACAGAGGACGAAGAACUUGUCACGAAUGCACUCGAGAUAAUCAUGAAUCUGGGCCCAUUGCUAGAUCUUCGAAUAUUCAGCUCGUCAAAGCCUUCAUUCAUCAAAAUAACGGAAAAACGUGCAGUCCAGGCCAUCAUGGGAAUGUUGGGAUCUGCUGUCAGAGGCUGGCAUUGUGCCGCUGCAGAACUACUCGGGCGAAUGAUACUUAACCCUGAUAAUGAGCCUUUCUUUCUGCCCUUUGCUCCACAGAUGUACAAGCGGUUGGUGGAUAUUAUGAGCUUCCCAGCCGGUGAUGCCCAAGGAGCAGCCGUCGGUGCCCUCUACAUUCUUGCAGAAAUUAAUGUGGACUGUCGGUUGAAGCUUGCCAGCGAGAGAUGGGCCGUCGAUCGACUCCUGAAGGUGAUCAAGACACCACAUCCAGUGCCGGAAGUUUGUAGGAAAGCUGCAUUAAUUCUGGAGACUAUUGCUGUGGAGCCUCAGAACAAGCCCCUUCUCCUAGCCUACGAAAACACAUUUGCGGAGAUGCUCUUCUCUGAGACAAGGUACGCCGAAACAUUCGCUAAGAUAUUACAGGAAUUGACCUCUCGACCGAACAACAACAAAACUGCAUCCACUCGUGGCAUUUGGGGAAUGUAAUGACAUUACACCUUCGUUUCUGGUUUUUUCCUCAUAUUCACAAAUCUGUACAGAGUGGUGCUACUAAAAUUAUGACCUUUUUAACUGGAAUUUGUUUGUCAUUUGAAA